UCCUGCUUUCUCAGCUGGUAGUCCAGGCAUUACCCCUCCCCCGGCGGCGGCAUUGGCGGCCGUGUUGUUGUCGCGGUGGCUGCGGUCGCCUGACCCUGUGCGUCGCUACUGCGGGCCGGACCAACCGCUUUACCGCAGGAUUAAUUUAUUUUUGGAAAUCAAGUGCAAUAUUAAAACGAAAACAAACCAUACUACAUUAUUGGAAGCCAUUUCUUCUAAUUUUAUUGCAUUUUAAAAUUUAUGAUUUGAUUUGAAUACUAUCAUGGGAGGAGCUGUGAGUGCUGGGGAAGAUAAUGAUGACUUAAUUGAUAACUUAAAAGAAGCUCAGUAUAUCCGCACUGAAAGAGUGGAACAAGCCUUCAGAGCGAUUGAUCGCGGAGAUUACUAUUUGGAAGGCUACCGAGACAAUGCUUACAAAGACUUAGCCUGGAAGCAUGGGAACAUACACUUGUCAGCACCUUGCAUUUAUUCUGAAGUUAUGGAAGCAUUGAAACUUCAACCAGGAUUGUCUUUUCUUAACCUGGGAAGUGGAACCGGAUAUUUAAGUACAAUGGUGGGCUUAAUUUUAGGUUCUUUUGGAAUAAAUCAUGGAAUUGAGCUUCAUUCAGAUGUGGUGGAAUAUGCCAAGGAAAAACUGGAGAGCUUCAUCAAAAAUAGUGAUAGCUUUGAUAAAUUUGAGUUCUGUGAACCUGCAUUUGUGGUUGGUAAUUGCCUCCAGAUAGCAUCUGACAGUCAUCAGUAUGACCGAAUUUAUUGUGGAGCUGGAGUCCAGAAAGACCAUGAAAACUACAUGAAAAUAUUACUAAAAGUGGGAGGCAUUCUAGUCAUGCCUAUAGAAGAUCAGUUAACACAAAUUAUGCAAACUGGACAAAACACUUGGGAAAGUAAAAAUAUUCUUGCUGUUUCAUUUGCUCCACUUGUGCAGCCAAGUAAGAAUGAUAAUGGCAAACCAGAUUCCGUGGGACUCCCUCCCUGUGCUGUCAGGAAUCUACAGGACUUGGCUCGUAUUUACAUUCGACGCACACUUAGAAAUUUCAUAAAUGAUGAGACGCAGGCCAAGGGGAUUCCUCAAAGGGCUCCACCCAAAAGGAAAUGAAAGAGAGUUAAACAGAGAAUUAACACUUACGUAUUUGUGGGUAAUCAGCUUAUUCCUCAGCCUCUAGACAGUGAGGAGGAUGAAAAAAUGGAAGAAGAUAACAAAGCAGAGGAAGAGAAAAAUCACAGUGAAGUAAUGAAGCCAGAAGAGCCACCUCAGAAUUUACUGAGAGAAAAAAUCAUGAAGCUCCCCCUCCCUGAAUCUUUAAAAGCUUACUUGACAUAUUUUAGAGAAAAAUAACUUAAAUCAAGAAGAAAGAAAGCCUACUGAUAAUUCCUUUAGUCUUGAAAAUGUAGCAUUUGUUAGAAGAGAGAAAUGUUUCUUUCACAAGAGUGAAUUAUGGUGGAAAAAAAGUAUAAUUUGUUUCUGUCUUAGUAAUAAAAAUGAAGUAUUCAGUGAUUUAAAACAAACAAACAAAAAAUCCCUUUUA